GCAUAUAAGACACGGGGUAGUACUGCUGGUGUGGAGGAUCGGCUGUGCCAUCUGAACGCUAGCUGGAUCUGAAUCAGCUGAAGCAACUGUCGAUUGAUUGUUGGCCAUAGACCCUCAAGUUUGCUAUCGAUGCUCGAUCCUCCAAACAGGUGAAGUGACGUAUGCCCGCUGCUUGAGUCUCCAUACAUAGCCGCCUGAUGGACUUCUCGUCCUUGCAAGCCAUAGCAGCUGCGACCCUUGCUACAGCACACCUCUCAUUGAAGGCAUGUCUUGGACAAUCUUGGUCAUUUCCGUCAGGCUUUCUCUACUCAUCCUGGCGUGCGCGGCUUCGGCUGAUUUUCGUUGUCUUUCUUGUCCACGUCCCGAGAAGGGCUUGAUUCUCGGUGGAUCGCCUUUCCGUCUCUGCGAAGCAAGCUUGGUCGACACUCAGGUUGUGGUUGUCCAGCGCCUGAUUGUGACACCCACGCAUCCCUCCUCGGGUGACACAGUAUCUUUCUGUCUCAGCGCUUUCUUUAAGGAAGACGUUAGUUGUGGUGCAACUGUGGACGUGAUGGUAUUGCUUGACCACACUCGCAUUGUCAAGAAGACCUAUGACUUGUGCGCACUGGCCAGCAAAACUACGCUGACGUGCCCCAUCAAAGCCGGCGAGCGCUUCUUGCUCACUCAAGUCGAUUUGCCAUAUUGUAUCCCCGCAGGUCGCUACACCAUGACUGCUCAAUUCUUCACGCCAGACGAACGACCCCUGACUUGCAUCACGGGUGAAGUCACCAUGAACUAAGAUAAAGCAGCAAUGAUAUUCAUUAUGAACUAGCCGUCAGC